AUGUUACUCACGAUUAAACAGCCAGUCCAUCACGGCUACAAGUCUUUUCAUGAUUAUUCUCCACCAACACCACCAUCUAGCUCUCGUUUCCCCCCGGCGGUGACAACUACUAGCUCUUCAGUCUCUUUACCAACACCAUCACAAUCUCUUCCUUCUUUAGCACUUACGAAAUCAACAAACAUGUCCACUCCUCAUCGUGGAUUACCCCCCAUGACACUACCACAACCACCACAACCCCCGCAACAAGCAGUCCAGGCAUUGAAUCAGCCAACGGGCCCUUUACAGUUACCAGCUCCACCUCAACAAUGGCAAGGCGCCGAAGAGUCAAUGAGGAAUUGGCUUCAAGCAAAGGCCGAAGAGGACAAACGGAAGCAAGAGGAAGAGAAAACGAGGCAAGAAUCAUUGAGGUUGGAGCAAAGGAAAAUCGAGCAAGACAUGCUACGAACGUCCCUGACGGGAGGAAUUCCCCCGUACAUGAUUCCCAUGGUGUUUGCUGGAAUGGGUGGUGGAAAUUUACCUAACGCUAGCUUAGAAUGGGCCCAACACUACAUGGCUCAAGCACAUCAAUUGCAACAGCAUCAAGUCCAGCAACUAGUGCCUGGGCAAAGUCAGCAUACUUCACCAGAACAAUUGCAGCGUAGAGACUCUCGGCCGGUGUUUGGAAGUCAACAUCCAGUCCCUGUCACUUUACCCUCAACACCUAUAGGACCUACGGGCCCAGGAUUCCUUCCCAAUUAUCAAAUGUCCCCAGCCUCAAGAUCUAGACAGACUGCAGGAUCCCUAGCUAGAGCGACUGCAAAUUCUCAACUUCCAAGAUUGAAUACAGGAGAAAUGCUCAUCCAGCCACCUCCAGCAGCUUCUAAUAUGCAAAUGUUACCAGGUCAAUCUGGUCAUCCAUUAGCACAAUCGCAAAGCGCCCAGCAGCAACAAGAGCCUCAAUCUUCGCCCUCAAUCUACUUCCAUCAUUGGCAACCACCCACAUCACAAGCAGACCAUGUUUCUUCACCAAAGAAACGAAAAGCGACAGGGCCGCAACAACCAGCCCCGCAUCCAACAUCACUGCCACAAUAUACUUCCCCUUCGUUCUCACAGACAGGAUCUUCGGUGUCGGGUACGCCAUCAAGUAGACGCCGUGGGCAUUCAAGGAACCGCAGUGACGUUUCAGCCCGUGGAGCUGAUUCAUACGGCCGCCCUUCCAGUCGCCAUAGACACACUGAAAGUGGUUUCAGUACUCAAAGCCUAACUUCACCAGUUCACCCACAGAACCAAGAGCAAGCUUCAAGGCCUGCAGAGCCACGCAGGCAUUCAGGUGGCUCGAAUACUGUGUCAUCUUUGCUCGAACAAAGCGACUCUAGACCACGCGCGCACUCUCAAACCCAAAGCCAACAAAGCCAGUCUCAGCGAGACCGAGAACGUCACUACUCUGGAAUUUCGGAGAUUGGACGCGAAGAAAGGACCAUAGAGGGGGACGAGGCACGACGUUCUGGCAAGCGAAACGAUGGAAGAAAUUAA